AUGGCGCUGCCGCUGCAGCCUGCCUGGCGGGAAGCAGCGAAGCGCCGACUGCCCUCCAUACAUGGGGGAUCUGCUGCAGAGGAGGUGGGGGGCCCCUGCUGCUCCUCACCGCCGAAGAUAAAGGCGCGCCGGCUGGAGGGCCUCUCUGCGGGCCUUCUCUGGGCUUCUAAACCAGCAGCAGCAGCAGCAGCAACAGCAACAACAACAGCAGCAACAGCAGUAGUAGCAACAGCAGCAGCAGUACACUCGCGCACCAAUUAUAUCCGUACGAGGAGCCCCUUGUCUUCUCCGCUGAAGCGGCGGCUGCAGACCUCCCUGGAUGACGACAGCAGGGGUUCUCCUGUUGCUGCUGUUCGUGCUGCUGCAGCUGGGACACCCACAGCAGCAGCAGCAGCAACAGCAGCAGCAGCAGCGGAUGCGGAUAUAGCAUCAAACAGCAAGAUGCUGCAGUCCCCUGUACGCCUACAUGCUGCUGCUGCUGCUGCUGGUCCUCAGCUGCAGAGCUCUGAGCAACCCGGGGCCGCGCUGCCUCAAGCCCGCGGCGGUGCUGCUGCUUCUCCCGCGUUGGCUCUCGAUGCUCGUUCUUUCCUUACCACUGCAGCAGCAGCAGCAGCUGCUGCUGCUGCUGCCCCUGCUAGCCCCCAGGGAGCAGAAGCUGCAGCAAGUAGACGGCUGCAGCAGCGGCCUUCUUUCCUUGACGAUCCUGCGUCUCCAUUCAGUACCAGCCGACGCCGGAGGCCUCCCCCCGCUGCUGCUGCUGCUGCUGCUGCAGCAGCAAGCGAUGCAGUCUCUGCAGCAGCAGGCACGCCCUCAGCAACUCGACGGCCUCCUGCUGCUGCUGCAAAAGCUGGCGAGGACUUCCUGGAUCAGAAGGUAUCACCCGUCAGCAGCAGACGACGCGCCUCUCCCUACCACCACCACGGCAGCAGCAGCAGCAGCAGCAGCAACAGCAGCAGCAGCAGCAGCAGAGGGACAGUAGCAUUUGACGAGGAAGCGCUGUCUCCCUAUAGACUAACCCCCCCAAGAAAGAAGCCUCAAUUUUCCUUUGAUGGGGGCCAGGCACUGCAGCAGCAGCAGCAGCAACAACAGCAACCAGAUCAGCAGCAGCAGCAGCAGCAACAGCAGCAAGCUGCAGCAGGCUGUGAGCUAACCCUAACACCACAAGAGAUAGCUUCGAUGCAGCAGCUGUUUGCGGAGCAGCAGCAGCGCAGCGAGACAUUCUGCUGCAGCUCGCUAGACACAUGUGCAGCAGAAGAAGCCCCUCUUGCUGCUGUUCAGCUCAACAGGCAGCUCGAACGCUUAUGUCGUCUCUACGGGCUGCUGCGGAUCCUUUUUGACCGUCUACACGACCGCGGGGAGCCGCUGCUGCUGUUUUCUAGCAUUCUGCCGGCGUAUACAAAGCUGGCGCUGACGCAUCACCGCAGCGCUUCAGAGCCUCCCCUGCGCGUGGAUAGCAGCAGCAACAGCAACAGCAGCAGCAGCAGCACCACCACCACCACCACCACCAACGGCAGCAGUGGCGAGCCAGGCAGUGGCCUCAGCGGCAGCAACAAAAUACGAAAUGAUUUGAUUAAGGAUGUUGGGCGGUUGGUGUGGCUGCUGCCGCAGCUGCUGCAGUGGAAGUCCCGGAGAGUGAGCAGCGCCAAGCUAGCUGCAGCAGCAGCAGCAACAGGAGGAUCCUUGAGUCCGCUGCGGCAGCAGCAACAGCAGCAGAUGCAAUAUGAUAUACAGAUCGUAGAGCUAAAGGAUGGGCUGCCCCUGGUUGCCCGCGCGAGCGACGGGGAGCAGCGGCAGCAGCAGCUGCGGCGGCGCCUCAUUUCGUAUACAUUGCAGUGGCAGAACUUCUGUCUACAACUGCAGCAGCAGCAGCAGCAGCAGCAGCAGCAACAGCAGCAACAGCAACAGAAGCAGCAAAUCCCUCUGCUGCGGCGCAGCAGGCAACUGAUUAUGCAGCAUGGGAGCUGGGUCCCUGGCUUCAGGGUUGACAGCACCCCGUCCCCGCCGUCUGCUGCUGCUCCUGAGCUGCAGCGGCAGCAGCAGGUGGAGCUGCAGCCGCAGCAGCCGCCAACAGCUUUCAAGGGCGACGCGCUGAUUGGCCACAUCGGUGGAAGCCCUAUUCGCUGUCUGAGACAGCAACAACAGCAGCAGCAGCAGCAGCAGCAGCAGCUGGAGGCCAAGGGUAUCAGCAGCAGCAGCAGCACAACGCCUGCUGCAGCAGCAGGGAGCAGUGGGGGGGGCAUCUCUUCAGUUAGUACGUGCACCUCGGAUGCGAGUGCAGCUGCAGGAGAUGUUUCCUUAGUGCAGUCUGCGUCUCCUCUGCUGCUGUCUCCUCUCUGUCGCUCGCGGCAGCCUACGCGGCGCUCUUCUCUGUUAUCUUCUUCCCCCAUCGGCAGCCGCAGCCCCAGUCCGCCGGCUGAGAGACGCUCCACCUCGAACAGCACCAGCCCCACCAGGAGCCCGGUGUCCGAACGGCUGCGCCGCAAGACGGAAGAAAGGAUGGCCGCUCGACUGCAGCGCGAAGCAGCGCAGCAGAUUCGGCGAGAGCUGAAGGUGCAGCAAACAAAGGAGGCGCAGAUUGUGCUGCAGUGCAUCCUCGACGCAUGCGUCUAUCACGACCGCCGUUCUCGGAUUGACGUGCGGGUGCUGACGGAUUUGUUUGUGUCGAAGCUGCGGAACCCAUUGCCUCUGCCUGCUGUGGAGAGAGCGGUUUUGUAUUUGGAGGGUCUUUGUCCUGGCUCUCCUUCGGCGCUGAGAAAGCUUCUCGACUCCAAGCUGAAAGAAUCAGAGGAGGCGGCGCUUGCUGCAGACCGAAAGGAUCCGUCGUUGCUGCUUUGCUAG